AUGAGUGACAAUUAUCCUGACGGGAUCCCCCCAAUUACGGGCUUGAGACCUCAGGGCUCUUCGAUGCCUCCGGAAAAUGUCCAUCUUCCCGCUAUUUCUGGGAGUUCCAAUGAUCCCCCGGCAUCCCAGGAGAUGCUUCCCUCGAGUUUCGACCUCCCUGUUACUAUUGGUAGCCCUGAUGACCCUCUGGCGAGUCUCAGUUUUGAAGAAUGGAAGGCUCGCGACUUCCGUGCAACCUCGCCAAAGAUCGAACUUCCAGCUUGGGUGACUAGACCUUGGUCACCGCCGCGCCCUCUCGAGAACCCUUACGUUGUUGGCCAAGAGCCUCGCCGUGAUUCUUCUUUGGAUCAUCAGGCAUCUUCCUUUGAGCCUCAGGAUAUGAAUAUUCCGCAGACCACCGGCUUCAAUGAUCCAGGCCCUGUUCGCCUUAGUCUGCAGUACCCUCCACCUGGGCUUCCGAAUCCAUAUGCUGUCAACCAAGUGACGCAAAAUGGACAGCCUGGUCCAAGUCCUGCUCAUCGCGGUCCAUUCUUAGGCCCAUCCGAACAUCCGAAUCCUUACGCUGCUCCUGGUUUCCCUUCGCACCUGUCACCUCCUGGGGCAUGGCCUUAUGCGCCUGGAAAUGAUCAUCCUGGUCCAAGUGCCGCCCAUCAUGGUCCAGUCUCGGGCCCAUUUGAACAUACAAAUGCUUAUGCGGCUCGUGAUUCCACUUCACAGUACCCGACACCUGCUGGGGCAUGGGCUUAUGCGCCUCGAAAUGAUCAUCCUGGUCCAAGUCCUGCUUAUCGCGGUCCAUUCUUAGGCCCAUCCGAACAUCCGAAUCCUUACGCUGCUCCUGGUUUCCCUUCGCACCCGUCACCUCCUGGUGCGCUGCCUUACGCACCUCAUGGUAUGAACACCCCGCAGACCAGCCCCUUCGAUCAUUGCGGUCCAGUUCAUCCUGGUCUGGCUUCCCACCCUUCUGGACUUCCGAACUCUCUUGCUACUUUUGGUCCCCCUUCGCAGUCUCCAAUACCUGCUGGUGUAUACCUUCCUCGAGCUCAUGGUACGGAUUCUCGGUGGAUGCCCACCUUCGAUCACCCUGGCGUUGCUCGCAAUCGUCAAUUUCUCCCUGAUGAAAUGCCCCGAGAGUUUGAUGCUACUCGUGCUUCCCUGAAUCGGCGCCACGCAUUUACUUUACCAUCUCGUGACCAACAUGUUUUGGACAUUCAGCAGAUUGCCAGCGUCGGUCGUCCUGAUCCGGACUACCCUCAGCCUGAUCAUACUGCUCGUAACUUGGCUCCAUCCUCCCCUGGUAUUCGCUCUAACCGCCCUGGCCAAACCCGCGGAGUGACUGCUCCCGAGACUCAGCUUGAGCGUCGUGUGUCUCGUGCACCAAACCAAUUCGAAAACUCCGCUCGCUUCUAUCUGGUGAAGGGAAUUGACACCGAUAUCGAAGGUUGGAGCGUGCUGAAAGUGCUCGAGCUUUUCACUUCGACUAUCGGCCCGGUCCUCACGGAGUUGAACACCAAGGGUCAAUUUCACGUCGGCUUUGAGGAUCUUGAUGAAGCAGCGCAAGCUGUCGGGUUGUUUAGCAAUUUCCCAGAUUGGCUAGUUCUGUCCUUGUCAAAGCAGCAAUUCAACCAACAGACCAUGAUGGCCUUCCCUAUGCCCCAGGAACUCGGUGACACGGUAUUUGUUACUCUUUACUGCGGCCCCCAAACGGAUGUCGUCUCUUCAAACGCUAAGCGCCACGCGAGGGAUUUCCUUGCAUUGAUUGGACCCGUUCGUUCCAUUUGCAAUGUGACUACCCGCGUGGUCGAUGAAAUUUCGGUGGUUCGAUACUACGAGCUGGAGGUUCGAUAUCACAUGGAGCGGUCGGCAUACAACGCUAUCAAGGCACUCAAUGGAGUUCGACGUGAUGGACUCAUCAUUGAAGUCAUGCCCCGCGCGGAUGAUACUCACUUCACAACCACUACCAAGGCUCGUUGUGAGUUCGAAAAGACCACGUUGGCGAAGGAAUCCGGCCGGCGUCCACCGAAGACCCCCGCCUACCGCGGCAAGGGCCGUCGCCCCCAAGCGACCUUCCAUGGCCACCGCGGUGGCGAACGCAGCAACGUGAUCUCGAUGGGCGAGAUCCCAUUCGGCAAUGACGACCGAACGGCCGUCAUGUGCCGAAACAUCCCACAUGUGAUGGCCUGGAGGGAACUCAAGGCCAUCUUGGACCUGAGUAGCGCUGGGCGCUACAACUACCUGUACCUCCGAAUCAACUUCGGAGCCGACCUGAACGUGGGAUACGCGUUCAUCAACUUCGUAACACCUGCCGACGUGGCGGUGUUCGUUCGGGCCCGUGCAGGGCGUACCUGGCCCGGUUUCGAGCAAUUUACUGGAAAAAUUGCCGAAAUCACCUAUGCCGAUGUCCAGGGAUUCGGCACCCUGGUCGAGCGAUUCCGGAACAUUGUUCCACACCAGUGGACCCAAGGCCGGGGGGAGGCCGUAUUCCCCCAAGUCAACAAUUUCUACACCCUGUCGUUGGGUGUACACCGCAGCCAGGAAGAAGCUGGUCUGCACCCGGGCGGCGCAAGCCCCCAAGCCACUCGCAGAGGUGCUCGCCGCGCCCCUGCACCCCGUCAAGCCGCCCCGGCGGAGGAUGACCAGGCCAACUGA